UAUUUUAUACACACAAUGAACAAAUUUAACAAAUGUCACAUAUAUUUAUAGUUAAACUAAAGACAAUAUGGAUGAGAGACAAUGUUGUUCUGAAUAUGAAGAUGAACAGGAAACCGAGGAAACAAGAGAUAAUUUGAAAUCAGAAAAUCAUAGUUGCGAUCUUAACAACCUUGACAAUAUACCUAUUAGUUUUGAGAAAGAAUCACAAGAUUUAAGGGAAAAGUCUCAAAUAAGUCAUCACAAUGAAGUACAUAGAGACAUGAGUCAAAGUCACCACAAAGCAGUUGAUUUUCCGACAGUCACACCAGAUUAUGAGACAAUUGAAGAACUUCAAAUAAAAGAACAACCAAAUUUAAAUAAUUUCUUGGCAUUACAAUCAGUAAUCAAGGAUAACAAAUUGCCUACGGAAUCACCCCAUUUAAACAGUCAAUCAGUUACCAUAGAAAAUGAAACUGUGAAUGAGGAAAAGCAAUUACUUAAUAGAUACAUUGCCACUCCAAAAGAUUUAACAUUUCAACAGCAACUGAAUGUGUACUGCAAUCCAAUAUUGAAUAUGGAUGAAACUCCCUUUCAAGAUAAAGCCACUCGUCAUAAAUUUAUCCGUAAAGUACAGAUAAUUCACUUUUUUAUUCUACUUGUUACUAUAGGGGGUGUUGCCGUGUUCCAUUUUCAACCAGUUUUAUACAAAGAAGUAAAUACUACUAGUACUAUUAUAGAAGGGGGGACCGUAAUAGAGGCAGAAGCAUCGCACACUCAUUCUAUAUAUAUAUCUGUAUUCUUAAUUCUAUUUUGGAUAGCCCUGUAA